CAUACAACAAGAAAUAUGCAUUAAGUUCGCCAGUAGAAUAUAUAGUUAAUUCUUAGUUACUUUGUAAAUUUUUGUGCAAUAAACUUCUAGCCAAAAAGAAAGCUGGCAAUCUUUCGAACAUAUUCCCGUUGUAAUCGCUCUGUGGCCCGCGCGCGCCGCCGACAAAGCAAAGAACUAAAAACAAUAGACUAAAAGCGAAAAGAAAAGUGUCGUCUUCGUUUUUAACGGUAUAAAACCUACACAACGUCCCACGCAUUUCCCACAAAAUAUAUAUAGUACAUAUAAAAGGAUAUCUAUGUAUAUGUAAGCGCAUACAUAAAAUCGAUUUGGAGGCGCAUCGCCAGGCCAUUGAAUUUGUGGCAAAGCAAUGGUUGGAUUAUUGAAUCCAAUGAAAUAUGGUGAUCAUUUCUAUGAAUUGUACACGAGCAAUACACGCAGGAAAUUGCAAAAUGAGCGAAAGUCGCUCACGAAACGCAAGAGCCGCAAGGAGAAAUCGGCCGCUGCCAUGGCAGCCGCUGCCGCCGGCGCCGUACUGGAGGGGAAUGCAGUCGCUGGCGGAGCUGCUGGCGGUGGCCUUGUAAAUCCCUUGGAUCCACCGCUGGUCAAGGAUCAACUGCUGUUUAUGCCCGCAUUUCCCGUUGCCCACAUUGAACUCGAUCCGAAUGCGUCCAAGUUCGCUGUCUUCUCCGCGAUACGCUCCACUGUGCUCGAGGCCGAGACCCGCUUUGCGCUCUUCCACGAGGGCAGCGGUCCGCUCUCGGCAUCGGCGUCCGCUCUCAAGAAAUGGAGCGGUAACAUGGGCUCAUCAUGUUGCCUGGUCUGCGCUGGCAGCUGCAUGGUCAGCAAUCUAGUGGAUUGCUCAUGUCACGCGGCGCUUGCCGUUGGCGGCGCAGCUGGCGGAGGCGGAGGAGCGGCUGGCGGAGCACCAGCGGCGGCAGCGGCUGCUGCUGGAGUUGCCGGAGCAGCGGCAGCUGGCGGCGAUAAGCGUGCGUUGGCGGGCAAUGGUGCCAACAGCGAUGCCGACUCCGAUACGGAUGAGGGAGAGGAACGCGAGCCGGUGUAUGCCACAGUGCCGCUGAUUGUGGGCGCCGGAUUGCGCAGUCUGUUCGAGCUGAUUGCCGAUGCACGGCACAUUCAACCGUUGCUGUGCACAAAAGCGCUGAAGGCGCUGCUUGAUGUCAUCCAGGGACAGCAGCCGGAAUCGUUUAAACUGGAACCCGAAGAUCUAAUCAAUCCACUGUACGAUCUAUUGCUUGACUUGGCCACCAUGCCGGCGGCGCUCAGUUCCAGCACCGGAGCCGAGGCCAAUUGGUCGGCGAUGGCCUGUGCCGCCUUAUUGGGUCUGUGCAUUGCUCGUGGGGACACGGGUAAAAUGCUGAAGGCCAUUGCGGCCAUGCUGAUGUCACCGCGUCAGCUGUCGGCACAGAUUGUCCAGCUGCCGGCAGUGCUAGCUGCACUGCAGCACACCGUGGUCAGUGCGGCACUCAAUAAGCCAACGCGUCCCGAUUUCCACAGUCAUGGCGUGCCGCACAAUUCUCUGAUCGAUGAGUUCGCCUUGAAGCUGCCCAUGCUGACCGGACCACAGCAUUUCACAGCACCCGCCAUGGCCUGCGAUGGCGUCUUUGUCUAUCUGCUGUAUGGCGGCACCUUGCUGAAGAUUGGCACCGGCUUUGGCGGCUCCUACAAGGGUCACAUCUAUGCCCAGAACGAGGAGUUCUGUCGCGAACGUUCCGCCUGGCUGGGCUACAGCGGGGGACAACUAUAUUUCCGUCGCAAUUGCAAGCGCAGCGCCGAUCAGCUGCAGCUCGUCGGCAUGGACACGCUGGCGGUCAAGUCGAUGAAUCCCUUGAACAUGCUCUCCAUGCGCGAGGGUCUCAACUAUGUUCUCUUCACUGACGACGAUUCAUUGCACGCCAUCUGCAGCAAUCGCGAUGACACAUUGGUGGUGAAGAAGCUGAACCUCUAUCACAACAGCUACAGCAGCGAGCCGCCGCCGUUCGAGCUGCCGUUGCAGCUGGCACGCAAGAAGUUCCGCACACUCGGCUAUGCGGCAUUUGAGGAUGAGCUGCUCAACCAGCAUCAGAUCCAACGCAUUCAGUCCGCCCACAACAGCUUCGAGCCGAAGUUGCCGGCACCGUGUCGCGAUGCCGAUGUCCUGGGCAUGGCCUGUGGCAAGGAGUUUGGCUUGGUGCGCGCCAGCAACGGACGUGUCUACUACUACGGCAAAUCGGCGGCACUCGGACUGAAGUGUGUGGGCCGAACGCCAACGCUGAAGUUGACCGAACUGAUUGUGUCGAAGGCGGCGCACAUUGUGCACGUGGCGGUGGGACACGAUGGCAUCCAUGCGCUGCUGGUGAACGAUGAUGGGACUGUUUACUUUGCGGGCACUGCACGUCGUGGCGAGGAUGGCGACAGUUCCAAGAAUCGCCGCCAACCGAAGGCGGUUAAACCGAAGAAGAUGAGCAAGAUCGAUGGACACGUUGUGGUGCAUGCGGCAUGCAACAAUGGCACCUCCGCCUUUGUCACCAAGACGGGCAAACUGAUCAUGUACGGCAAGGAUACGGCGCACUGCGAUUCCAUGGGCUUUGUCUGCGAGCUGCUCGAUCAGCACAUCACAAAAGUGGCGCUGGGCAAAGCGCAUUGUGUGGCGCUCAGUGCCAAGGGGCAGCUCUUCACAUUCGGACUGAAUAACAAGGGCCAAUGCGGUCGGGUGUUUAACAAAAUGAUGCCCGUCAAGGAUGUGCCCAGCUCGUCCACAACGUAUGCGCUGCUUGGCCAGCAUGCGGACAAGUUUCGCCACAAGAUUGACUUCUCGACGCUCUGCGACUACGACGAUCACAACAUGGUGCAGGGCCAGUGCCGCGUUUGCGUCAUGUGCCGCGAAUGCACCGGCUACAAUGUGAGCUGUGUCUCGGCGUUGAAUGUGCCCCUCGAGCAGCGUCUCGCUGGCAGCAUUUGCCCCUGUGGCCAUGGCGAUGCGGGCUGCGCCAAGUGCGGACUCUGCUCCGCUUGCGUGGGACUGCAGGAGAGCGAACUAGCCGAUGCCAAGGUGGAGCUGAAGCCACUGCCUGGUGAACUGCAGCGUCAGCAACGCUCGAAGACUCUGAUCAUGCGGCGCAAGGAGAAGAAACCCUCGGAACUGGACACUGGCGCUGCUGGCGGCGGCUGCGGUACACCCACCGAUCUCGAAAAGGAUCCACCACGUGUCGCCCCCUUGGCGCCUCAGCUGCUGCAACUGCCCACGGGCUCACCCAUCGUUCAGGUGGCCUGCGGUCUGCAUCACACCGUACUGCUGACGCUUGCCGGCGAGGUUUUCACCUUUGGCAGCAAUCAAUACGGACAACUGGGCUCCGGUGAUCUGCAACCCGUCAGCGGUCCCAUUCGCGUUCAGGUGCAAGGCGCCAUCAGUCAGGUGGCCGCUGGCAGCAAUCACACGGUGCUGCUCACGCACAAGGGCGUCGUCUACACGUUUGGCAACUAUCAGAAGGGUCAACUGGGUCGUCUGCCCAGCGGCGAUGCCUACGGCCAGAAGCCAAUGCUCAUUGGCGCCGCUCCACCGCCGCCGCCUCCAUCAUCGCAAGCGCCGCCAGCGACGGCUGCUUUGGGCUCGCUGUCGUUGUCAUCGCCGCCGCCACCUCCACCGCCAGAGGACGAGGCUGCCGCCGCAGAUGUGGCUUGCAUAUUGCCUGGCGGAUCUAAGGAAUCGAUUUUAAUACCACCCAAUACGGCGGCUUUGAUUGCGCAGCGCCAAAAGUUUCUCUGGAAUUGUGCACCGGGCGCAGUCUUUGGUCUCGGACCGAGCUAUGGCAAAAAGGUGACGUGGAUUGGCGCCAAUGGCGAUCAGACGUUUAUCAAGAUCGACGAGUCGCUGAUCACAGCUCAAAUGCUGCCCAAGAUGCAUGUGGUGGCCAACAAGAAGACGAUACUGCUCAUUCCCAGCAUUCCGCUGUCAUUUCAAACGCUGUCGAUCAACCGCAGCGACGGCAGCUGCACACCUCACUAUCGCGGCCAAACGAACUUUGCGCAACUGCUGCAGACGCAGCAGCCGGUGAGCGGACAGCCCGGCCAGGAGAUCAAUCGCAAUGUGGACGUGGCGACGCCGCUGGCCGAGUUGCCGUUGAUCGGCGGCAGCAGCAGCUCGGCUGGAGUGCCAAUCAACGACCAGAUGUCGCGCAGCAUGCACGAGGCACGCAAUCACAUCUUUGAGCAGGAGCAGGAGCUGCCAUCGCCGGGUGCCGCAACCCCCCGACAGCGACGCGUGGUGCGACCACGACAACAGCAGCAACAGGAGGCGGCUAAUCAAGCAGGAGGAGCCGCUGCAUCGCCAGACCAACAGCAGCAAUCGUUGCCGCCACCGCCGCAGAUAGCUUUUGCCAUGGAUCCCAGCUACAAUGUGCUGUGGGUGUUCGAUGGCGCCGCGCGCAAACUGCGCUGCCACAAUGUGGUGGCCAGCGAGAUAUCCGAAUACGAUGUGAAUGCGGGCAACUAUCGCGCGCUGUUGUCGCCGGAGUUGUCGCUGCCCAGCAAGUCAGAGGCGCGUGUAUCGCGCUCGCAGGCAUCGCUCAAUCUGCUCGCCUGCCUCGAUAUACUCACCUCGGCGCAGGACAACAUACCCGGAUGCUUUGAACAGACGCUACCCAAGCAGCCGCAUCAAACGGCCGAGGCGCAAAGCGGCGAGUAUCAGGUGAUCAAUCGCUUCGAUAACUUUGGUGGCGGUUGGGGCUACUCCGGACACAGCGUGGAGGCGGUGCGCUUCUCGGCGGACACGGAUCUCGUCAUCUGCGGCUUCGGCAUGUUCGGCGGCCGUGGCGAAUACAGCUGCAAGUUGAAGCUCUUCGAUUUGGGCGCCGAUGGCGGUGGCUACGAGAAGGAGGGCGUCCUGGUCAGUGAAACGAAAGAAGUUCCCUACGAGUGUGCGGCGCGCAGCAAGUUUCACAUUCUGCUACCCAAGCCGGUGAGCGCCGCCGCCGGACGCUGGUAUUUGGUUUGGGCGCGCAUUGCGGGCCCCUCGUCCGAUUGCGGUUCAUGCGGUCAGGGUUCGGUUACCACGGAGGAUCAGGUGGUGUUCUCGUUCAAGUCGAGCAAAAAGGCCAACAACGGCACCGAUGUGAAUUCUGGCCAAAUACCCGCCAUAUUGUAUCGCCUCGUUACCCAGGAUUGCAAGCAGUCGCCGGUGCCGCUCGAUGCGGAUCCGGUGCAGCGUAUUUCGCGCGCCUUCGCCAACAGCGUGAGUCGCGAGUGCUUCGAGAGUCUCGUCGUUCUUCUCAGCUGGUCGUGGGAGUGCUUCAAGACGCAGUUGCGUGAGCAACGCGAUCGCGCUCGUCCGUUGCAACUGCAGCAAACGCUGCAGUAUCUCGGCUAUGUGAACAAAUCGUGUUUGCGUCUCUUACGCAAAUACACCAACGAAAUCUAUCCACAACGCUCAACCACAGCAGCAGCUGCGGCUGCUGCAGCCAAUAAUUCGGCAGCGGGCAGCAGCGUGGCUGCUUCAGUUGCCGCUGCCGGCUCCAAGUUGCCACAGAAGCCAAAUCAAAAGGAGAAACCAACGAGUCGCGUGGUCAACGGCGCUGGCAAAUAUUUGGGCGAUGUUGCUUCGUUGCCCUCUUCGGGCAGCAUGGCAACGUCGGCUGGACUGAGUUCUGGAUCGCUGUCGGGACGCAAAACGAACCUAGAGAACAUUCAACUGGCCGAGUGCAUUGGCAAUGUGCGUGCCCUGCUCAUUGGCAUCUUUUGUGAUGACAUCUUCAAGGACAUUGCCACCGAUGAGGGCUAUGCUCUCGUGCUGGAGAUUCUCGACGAGUGCCAUUUGAGUUUCGUGGCCUGUUUCGAUGCCUUUUACCCCACGUCGUCCUUGAAGUGGAACUGUCUCUGCGAUCUGUUGGCCCAAAUGGAUCGCGGUGCGUUGCACUCGCGACUCUUGAGCGCGAUACUCGCAGGUCUCUGUUCGCCAACGGUGAAGUUGCGUGCCACAUUCUCGCUGCUGAAUGCAUCGGGCAACGAACGCCAAUCGAUCAUCAGCCCCAGCGACAACUCCGGACUGCCAAUGCUGUCGUCGACGGAGGCACAUCAGUAUCCCAUACUGGUGGAGCAGAUGAUCUAUCGCACACAGCAGGAGAAGAGCGAUUUCCUCAGCAACUCGUGGACAUUCAAGGAUGUGCUGGUGCGAUUGCUCGACAUUAUUGCCAGUCCGAUUAGAUCGCGCAUCGAGUCGAUCUACAGCCGCAGUCUCGGCGGCAGCUAUGCGAUCAAGGAGUGCAUCAAUCAGGGCCUCAUCGACAACUGUUGUCACCUACUCGCACGCGUGCUGGCCGAGAUUGUGUACCAAACGGCGCUGGGGGAAUACGAUAAAUUGUUUUUGCCACCCCGUACGCUGCAUUCGACGGGCUCGCGUUUCGCUCGCUGCGAUCUGAGUCGCACCUGGAACACGGGUAACUUUGGACCCGACGCAAUUGCCUUCUCGGUGGAUCGACCCGGCAUUGCCAUAGCUGGGGCCAUGAUCUAUUCGGGAUCGGGCAGCUAUGACUAUCAGCUGGAGCUGCUCUACGACAACACGGUGGACUUGCAGCCGCAACACAAAUGGGAAACACUCGAGUCCAUAUCGGGCAGCUACGAUCAGGAGGCGGUGCACAACGAUCUCGCUGAGAUUAAGUUCGAGCAUCCCGUGCACAUCAAGGAGCAUGCACGCUAUGCCUUGCGCCUCUGCUCCCAAGGAGCGCGCACCUGCUCCGGCGAUGCGGGUAUGCCCACGGUGCGUGGUCCGUGCGGUGCCAGCUUUCAUUUCUAUGCCUGCGAUCUGAGCUUCAAUGGCACCACGCCGGCGCGUGGCCAAUUGCCCAGCAUACUCUACUACAGCACGCCCAUCAAACAGCAGCAUCAACAUCAACAUCAACAGCAGCAGCAGGAGACAGCUGGAUGCAGUUUGGAUGCCGGACAUGUGGCGGGCACAUCGUCAGGCGCCAGCACUUCGGCUGCCGCCGGCGGAAGCAACGAGAUCUCGACGCGGGACACAGCGCUGCAGAUUGCCGCUGACAUCACGAAGAAGUGCACCGAGCUCUUGAUACUCGCACGCAAUGCCAUGGCCGCCUCGUGCUCGCCGACAGACAACUCGUCAUCGAAUCACACUCAGACCAUCGACUCGGAGCACAACAUCACGCCCAUUGAGGAGCACAUGGACAUCAAUUGGGCGAACAAUUCACGCACAGCUGCGCUGCCUGUGGAUCCGCAGUUGUCGACGACGGCGAGAGAUUUGGGCAAACGCAUCGAGAGCUUCUCGAAGGGCAUCAUGGAGACGCUGAAGUUCGACAAACGCUCGACGAAUCCGUUCGAGAUGGAAAUCGAAAUUGGUGCCACCGAAAUCGGUGUCGAGGAGACGGCCGAAUUGAACUUCUGCAAUGUGCAAUUGGCGGCCAAGUUGAAUGGCAACGAGCGUGCCGAAUACGAGCUGGCUGCCUCGGAGCAACCGUUGCCGUUGUCCGAGCAACAGUUGCCGGUGCAAUUGACGCCGCAGCAACAGUUGCCGCCAUCGCAGCUGCUGCACUCGGACUCUGAGGAGGCGCAACUCAUGAUGGGCGCUGGCGGCGUUGUUGGCGGCGCUGUUGGUGGUGGCGUUGGAGGCGGUGGAGGUGUGGCCGCCUUGCAGCUACUAGAAGUGUUCAACUUGGCAGCAUCGAACAUGUUUCACACGCUGUUGCCGCUCGUCUAUGCGCACAUUGCCAACCUCGCGUGCAGCGAUCCCAAGAGUUCGGUGCAAAUACUCGGCUUGAUCAAGGAGAUAUUGCCACACAUUGCGGCGCUCAAUCAGCUGCACGUCUCGAAGGAGCAGCGCAACGAGCAGCUGCGUCCCGAUCCGUUGCCCGUGCCUCCUUCGCCCGCGAGCAGCACGACGAGCAAUCAUUACUGUGUGGUCGAGAGCGAGCAUCCGUAUCGCAGUGCGAGCAUCAGUUGCUAUCGCGUCGAGUUUCCUCCUUGCGUGCAGUGGCUAACGAUUGAGUUCGAUCCACAGUGCGGCACCGCUCAGCUUGAGGAUUACCUGCUGCUCUCGAUACCCAUUCGACCCGCAGCUGCAACGGCGAUGCCACAAACUUGCCAAGCGGCAACUGCUGCGAAUGUGGCGACCGCCGCCGCUGCUGCUUCUGCUGCUGCUGCUGGCGAGGAUUACUACGACAUACUGGACAACAAUGUGAGUGGCAAGCAGAAGAUAGGAAACGGCGCCAGUUCAAGCAAUGCGCAUCUCCUCAUGAGCAGCUGCUGUCGCAGUCCGGGCGCCGCUCAAGUGUCGCCGCUGCGAUCGCAGGAUGUCGUCGACCACGACUGGAUUGUGGUUAAGAAAUUCAACACCGCAUCCAAUUGGCUGCAGAACGUGCUCAUUUUACCCGGCAACUGCGUCGAGUUCUCUCUCGAAACGGCAUCGUUGUAUGCCCAAGAUCCGCACAACAAUCGCUAUGGCUUCAAGUGUCUCGUUGUUGGCUAUGACAAUCCCACAGCUAUCAAUGCCAGCAACUCGUGUCUCAUACGUCUGGAGCAGGAGCUCUCCUAUUUAGGCGGCAUGUGCAGCGCCAAUCUCAUGAAGAAGGAUCUCAAUUUGCCAGAUGACAAGGAAAUGGAUGAUUUGAGCGGCAUUGAGGAGACCAUCAGCACCCAUCAUGCGCUGCUCUCCAAGGGAUUUGCGCUUUCCGAACCACAACUGACGGUGCAUCAGGCUCUGGAGUCGUAUUUGCCCAUCGGUUCCCAGUCAAAUGAGCGACAAUUUCUCAAGGAUUUCAUUAGCGGCGCGCCUGGAUCAUCGGGAGCUCGCUUGGCCGCCUGGCUGCAGCCGGAAUCACGGCUCGAUCCCAACAAAUGCGAGCUAAACACGAUCACGGAACCCUUGCGGUAUGGCUGGCCCACCCAGGUCACAGUGACCAUACGGGAUCAGUACGGCGAUGCGGUCCUGGUGCCAGAGUUGAAGGUGGAGAUCAAGGCGAUACCAACUGGACCGGAUCGCAGCGGUGGCGCUGGGAACCUGAAGAUGCGACGCACCUCCUACGCCGAGGAUGGACAACACGGCAUAGGCGGCAUGGGACUGGCCGGACAGUUGGGCGGAAUGACGCCGCCACCGCGUCUCAACUACGAGGCGACGACCAAAGAGAAGAUGUGCUUCAAGGCGAUCACAUUCAUGAAACCCUACACGAACUAUUCGUUCGAGGAGCUGCGGUUCAGCAGCCCGGUGCAGACGCGUACCACGGAGGCUCUGUGUGCCCAGGACAUGGAGGACGGCACAUUCAGUGUGCACUGGACCCCGAACUCGGUGGGCGGCUAUUGUCUGGCCGUGACCAUCGAUGGCAUACCCCUUGAGGAGGUCUAUCGCGUCGAGGUGAAGGAGGGCGUCCUGCCGCCGCCGGCACAGCGCUCGAAUGCCGCCAGGCGACCGCAGGCCCCGAGCAAGCUGCGUCGCUUUCAGGCCAGGCACAGCACUGGACUGCGUAUUCGUUCGCAUCCUACGCUGCAGUCGGAACAGGUGGGCGUGGUGCGGUUGGGCGGCAUCAUAUCGUUCAUCGAUGAGAUCGAGAAUGACGAUGGGAUCUGGCUGCGCCUGAGCACCGAGUCGAUACGGCAACACUGCACCAUGGGCUGGUAUCCCACCGAGGCCUGGUGUCUGCAGUUCAAUCAGCAUUUGGCUCGCACGCUCCUCCAGCCUGUGACGGAUGCGCCAACCAAGAGCGGACGUUGCAAGUCCGGGGAGCUGACGGAUCUGAGUGCCACCAGUCCGUGUGGCAGCAAUGGCGAGAGUCCCACAAGUCCCGUGGCAACAAGUCCCGGCAAGGAGAGCGGCGAGCGCAAGAUCUUCGAGACGACGACGUCAACGGUAACAACAACGACGUCUGCGGUGACGACGACAACCACAACGACGACGAGCAGCAGCUCUGCAUCCGUCUCCGUCUCUGCGUCCGCAUCGGUCUCCGCCUCCGCCUCGACUAAUCCUUUUCUGCUGCCAGCGGCCAAGUCCACAGAGCAGCUAAGCGACACGGAGCAAGCUACAUCGCUGCCACCCACUGAGCUGCUCCCCGGCAAUCUGGGCUCCGCGAUAGCGGGCGUUGUGGGCGGUGGUGCCAUCAAGUUGCAGGCGUUGCAAAAGUGGUUCAAGGGCGAUGCCAUGGAUCAGCAGCAGCAGCAGCAGUCGUCGCCCUUGGCCUCUGGCGUCUCGGUGCGUGAGAUGGUGCGUGCCAUGGGCGCCCAGGAGUCGCCGUUGUUGCCACGCGGCGGCAAUGGCAACAGUCGCCUCGAACAGCAGCAGCAGCAGCAGCCACCGAACGAAACCGACACGGACUUUGACAUCGCGAAUGUGCGUCGCAUGAACUACACGGCCAGCCAGACGGCAGCCCUGCUGUCCACACCAAAGCAUACGCCACGUCGUGGCGUCGCAGCCAGCGAGGCAGCUGCGGGUGCCGCACAGAUCGCCCAGCUGGAGGAGGAUCUCAGUCUGUUGCAGAUCACGACGACGACAACCGCUUGCAAUACGGGCAUCGAGCUGCAGAGCGAACUGCAGUUGGCGGACUCCUCGAGUCCCACCGCAGCCACCAGCAGCUCCUCGACGUCGGCUAAUGCCUCAGGUACGGCGACUGCCUCGGCAUCGGGCGGCUGCUCCAAGCGCAGCACCAUCAUGGGUCCCAUCAAGCGGGCGAUGCCGCCUUCCUUCGCCGAGAGCAUACGCGCUGUCUUUGCGGCGCUGCUGUGGCACGAAGGCGUUGUCCACGAUGCGAUGGCCUGCGCCAGUUUCUUGAAGUUUCAUCCGGGUCUGCCCAAGGAGGGUGCCACCGUGGUGACUCGGCGCGGCGAGUCGGGUGAUCCGCGUCUGCAGCUGUCGCGGGAACAGAAGGCACAGCAGCGACACUCGGUGGAGGUCGCGAAUGCCGGACAUUAUCUGAACAUACGUCCAUCGACGCUGGAGACGUUGGCGAAGAGCGGCAACUGUUCGCUGCAUAAUCGCAGCAAGCAUCGCAAGGCGACGUCGUCGUCGUCGGGUGCCGCUGCCAUCGAGGAUCCGUCGGAGAAGCUACACGCUCUGCCGGAGCUGGUGAGCGUGCUGCCGCCGGCUCUGCGUUGUCUUGUGUAUCUCUGGGAACAGAUCUGCGCCGGCUGCGUGCACAUUGUGCAGUCGAAUGCCCUGGAGCAGCGCGAACAGCGAUUGUUGUCGCCCGGCGCCAGGGAAGCCAACGGCGAACUGGAUGCAAAGGAGUGCAAGGGGAAUGGCGGGGAACUGGACAAGGAUGCGGCGGGUAAGAAGUGCAAGCGUAAGAAAAAAGAUGACGGCAGCUGGUGUGAGAUCUGUGAACUCUUCCUGCCCAUGCCCGUCACAUAUCACAUGCGCAUCGCUCAUCCCGGCUGCGGCAAGUCCGCCAAGGGCAAGGGCUACAACUCAGUGGGCAUCUUCUGCGAGGGCUGGGCCGGCAACUGUGGCGAAGGCGGCAAGGGCGCCUCCAGCUGGUUCCUCAUGUGCGACGCCUGCCGGGAUAAGUAUUUGGCCAGCAGUCGCAGUGCCAACAACAUCAACAUUUCCGCUCCACACGUGUCCAAUGCAGCUACUGAAAUGAACCUGUUCGGCGUGAAGACAACCACGCUGAUAGCCAACUCGGAGGUCUACACCACAAUGCGAGAGAAUGCCACAUUCCUGCUGGAGCUGUGCUCCUCGAGCAGCGCCAGUAGCAGCCUUCAGGCGACAAGCAGCAGUGUUGCUGCUGCUGGGACAGGCAACAGUGGCAACCAGAAGAGAUCGCCACAACAGCAGAUGUCGAUGGGCAUGCCUGUGGUCAUUGAGCAUCAGCAUCUGGGCAUGCCUGAUCUGAAUCUCAGCAACAAGCCGAGCACCAGUCGAGCUGACUCCGCUCGCAGCAGUCGCAUUGGCAAUCGACUCAGUGGCAAGUUUACGCCCUUCCGCAAGAGCUUUGUGGGCGUGCCUCCUGCCACGCCAGACAACGUUUGGCUGGCACCCGACAGCUUCGCCUGCCUCGAGUGUCUCGGCACCGCCGCCCACGAGGAUCUGCCCUACGAGAUGUUCGGCCUGGGCAACGCAAACAAUGAGAACGGCUACGAUCGGCCACUGUCGGAAAUCUCUUACGAGUCGUGCGAACCAAACAACUAUGAGCUGAUGUCCGGCUCGCUGGCGAAUCCACCAGCAGCCACUGGAAGUGGCGGCGGCACCUUGUCCAAGUUCCACCGCAGCUACUCGAUGGGUCAGGGUUGGGCAGCGUUGGCUCAGCAGCAGCAACAGCAGCAACAACAGCACCAACAGCUGCAACAGCAGCCACCGACAAUGGCGACUGUGGUACCAUUGGAUGCCCAACCCAAGGUCGUCUAUCGCAGGCGCAACAACUCGUCGUCGAGCGAGGGCGAUGGCUCGCUACUCAUCUGCUACCCAUCGGAGCAUCUGCGUCGCCUGGUGCCACAGAAACUCUUGGCCAGCGUUGCUGUGUUGCAUGCCGCAUCCAAUGCGAACGAUGCGCAGUCCUCAGCCGAUGCCAAGGACGAUCGCCAACAACAGUUGCCACCGGUGAGUCCGUUGCCAUUGCCAGAGCAGAGCAGUGCGCUCCUGACGCGACCUGCGAUGGCGUUCAUGACCCAGAAGCAUGAGCUAGACCGAUUGCGCGGUGCAAUGCGACGCAGUCUAGGGAUCGCCGCCUGCCGAAUCUAUGCGCUGCAGGCGCUCAACUGGUUGCUGCGCAGCGUCACCCAAGGCGUUUGUCUGCACGAUCUGAUGUGGUGGUUUGUCAGCUCGCUGGCGCUGGGUAGCGUUGAGCUGGUGGAUGGCAAGUACGAGGAGGCCGAACCGGCACUGGAGCAUCCCGUUGCGUAUACACAGAUCAGUGGACGCUUUGCACACUUGAUCACACAAUCGCUGCACAUUCUGUUGCAAUCGGUUGCGGAUCUAACGCUGCAUCUACCGCUGGGAUCACCGCUGCAGCGGGUGGCGAUUCAAUGCUUUGGCAUACGCUUCCGGCAGGCCGAUCAUCAGUUCCUGCAUAGUUCACAUGUGUUUGGCAACAUCUCGAAGAUCUUGUCCAAGUCCGAUGAGCAGAACGAUGCCAUGGCCAUGUCCACAAUGCUGGCAGCCACUGGCAACGAGAUCCACUGCGAUGCCGAGCAUAAUAUUGCCACAGCUAGCAAUCAGCUCAACCCCUCGAGCAGUGUGCCGGGUGCCAAAGUCAUUUGCUACACCGAUUUGGCUGGCAUGUUCGAGGUGACGGUCUCGUCGCGCCCCGCCAUGGCGGAGUCCCUUACGGACAACUCGACGGAGACGUUCUGGGAGAGCGACGAGGAGGAUCGCAACAAAUGCAAGAUCAUUGAGCUCUCAAUGAGCAAGCUUAGCUAUGCCUGCAAAUUUGUGCUCGUGCACAUCGACAACAGUCGCGACAUUCAGAACAAGGUGCUGAAUGUGGUGUUUUAUGCCGGCCAAUCGCUCGGCGAUACCAAUCUGAUCAAAUCGGUGGAUGUGGAUCAAAAGGCAUGCGUUUGGAUAGCGGCCAAAAUCAGCGAUGAGAGCUCCACACAUUUUCGCCUUGAGCUCCACGGACCGGAGAACACACUGCGGGUGCGUCAAAUCAAGCUGCUGGGACUGCCAAGUGGACAACAACAACAAGGAGCAGCUGGUGCUGCUGUUGCUGGUGAAGAGUUGCUGGCAGAGCAUCGCUCCAAUCUGCGCAUGUCACACGCAGCACGCAUUCAACAGCAAAUCUGCGAGGCGGAAACACUACGGGUCUUCCGUCUCAUCACCGGCCAGGUCUUUGGCAAGCUGAUCAGCAAUGUAAACGAUGCAGUCACAGCCACUGGCGGGGGAGCAGGCGGAGCUGCUGGCUCCUCUUCGGUUCUGGAUGGUGGUGGCAACUCCAUGCUGGCGGACUCACUUGAUCUCCGGGAACACAUGGUCGGCAUACUGUUCUCGCGCAGCAAACUGUCGCAUCUGCAGAAGCAAGUGAUUGUGCACAUUGUGCACGCCAUCAAGAAGGAGGCGCAACGGGCCAAGGAGGACUGGGAGUUGGCCAAUUUGGCACAUGUCCUCAAGCAUCAGCCGGCACAACAAACAGCCGCAGCACCUCAGUCAGCGACCGCUGGCGCUUCAGCGCUCAUCUCCAGCGACAGCAGCUCGGAACGCAGUCGCGCCCCGGACACCUAUUGCUUUGAGAUGCUCAGCAUGGUGUUGGCGCUCUCCGGCAGCGUGGUGGGUCGCUCCUAUCUGUCGCAACAGUACGGUCUGUUGAGGGAUCUGCUCGGUUUGCUGCACACGGGCAGCGAUCGAGUGCAGCGUCAGGUUACGGCGCUGUUGCGUCGCAUACUGCCCGAAAUAACGCCGGAGAGUUUCGCCGAGCUGCUCGGCGUGCAGCGGCUGCCACCGGCGGACUACAGCAUCGCGCAUCAGAGUGCCAGCGACUUUGACAUGAGUCGCUUGGGGCUGCUCGACAUUUUCCUGGCCGUUAUUGCCAAGUCACUGCAGUUGCAGGUCAAGGUAAAGACAACGUCGGCCAAUGCAGCUGGCGGCGUUACGGUGCCAAGUGGCGGCAACACAACGGCUGGCGGAAACACCGGAACGGGAACAGCGAAGUCGGGACAGCUGGAGAAGACGCCGGCAUUUGUGCGUCUCUGCAGUUCGUUGGAUCUGUCCGUGCAACUGUUGCGUGCACGUCCCACAACAGCGGAGCAAUUGGCGACCGCCUCAUCGACUGCCUCAUCAACGGCGCCCGGUGGCAGCGAUCCCUUUCGCUUUGAUGCGGCGCCUGUGAAGAAGGAGUCGAAACGGAAUCUUAAUCAACGCUGGUUCCUCAACGGUAUCAUCUCCACCAAACAGGCGGAGAGCAUCAUUGGCCUCAUACGGGAUUUGGCAAGCGGCAAGCUAAGCGAGAAGUGGUCACAGAUCACCAAGGCGGCCAUUGCCGAGUCAGUGUUGAAUUUAACACGCCUCGAGGAGAUCUAUCGCACGCCGGAGCAUUGCACAAAAACGGCAACAUUGUGGCUGGCGUUGGCCAGUCUCUGUGUGCUGGAGCGUGAUCACGUCGAGAAACUCUCCUCGGGCCAAUGGUCAAAGCUCUGCGACACGCGUCCCAUGUGCAGCAAUCACGACGAUGGCGAAACGGCGGCGAUCAUACAAUGCGAAACCUGCGGUUCGCUUUGCGGCGACUGCGAUCGCUUUUUGCACUUGAAUCGCAAGACGCGUUCACAUAAGCGCACGGUGUGCAAGGAGGAGGAGGAGGCGAUACGCGUGGAGCUGCAUGAAUCGUGCGGUCGCACCAAACUCUUUUGGCUCUUGGCCCUGGCCGACUCAAAGACCCUGAAGGCGAUGGUCGAGUUUCGCGAUGGCAGCCACACGAUCAUUUCGGGGCCACAGGAGGCAGUCGGACGGUGUCGCUUCUGCGGCCUCACUGGCAACUCGGGUCUGCUGGAGAUUGGCAACGUGUGCGCCGAUGCCCAGUGCCAGGAGUAUGCGGCCAAUUCCUGCCUGAAAACAAAGCCCUGCGGUCAUGCCUGCGGCGGCGUUGCUGGCGAACGCAAGUGCUUGCCUUGUCUGCAGCAUGUGUGUCAUGCACGCGAGAAUGAGCUGGCUGAAGAGCUGCGCGAUCCGAAGCUAACCCAAGAUGCCGAUGACAUGUGCAUGAUCUGCUUCGUUGAGGCGCUCUCGUGUGCGCCCUCCAUACACUUGGAGUGCGGUCAUGUGUUUCACUUUCAUUGCUGCAAGGCGGUGCUGGAGAAACGCUGGAGCGGACCACGCAUCACCUUUGGCUUCUCGCUGUGCCCCAUCUGCAAGGCGGACAUACAGCAUCCAUUGCUGGCCGACAUUCUGGAGCCCAUCAAUGGUCUCAAGCAGGACGUCAAACGCAAGGCGAUCAUGCGCAUUAAGUACGAGGGUGUGGUCAAGGAUACCGAUAGCAAAGAUGUCACUCAACUGGCCAUGGAUCGUUAUGCGUAUUACGUGUGCUUCAAGUGCCAGAAGGCAUACUAUGGCGGCGAGGCGCGUUGCGAUGCUGAGAUCGGUGAGAAAUUCGAUCCGGAGGAGCUCGUCUGUGGCGGCUGCUCAGAUGUGGCCCGGGCACAAAUGUGCCCCAAACAUGGCACCGAUUUCCUCGAAUACAAGUGUCGCUACUGCUGCUCGGUGGCCGUAUUCUUUUGCUUUGGCACAACGCACUUUUGCGACACGUGCCACGAUGACUUUCAGCGCCUCACGAACAUACCGAAGAACAAGUUGCCACAGUGUCCCGCCGGACCGAAGGCCAAGCAACUGCUUGGAGACGAGUGUCCGCUGCAUGUGAUGCAUCCCCCGACUGGUGAGGAGUUUGCCCUGGGCUGUGGCGUCUGUCGCAAUGCGCAAACGUUCUAGCAACUCCGUUUGAAAUUGCAUCUGCCGCUGCAGUUGCGAACCGAUGACGAAGACGAGGAAGAUGAAGAUGAAGCUGAGGCUCAGGCUCAGGCUGAGGAGAAGCAGCAGCAAGUAGAGGACGAUGAUGAUGUCGUGGUGGAGGAUGUGGAGGCGCGGCGCAGUAUUGGCGACGGCGCCGAGGGGCAACGUAUGAACAAUUAAAAGAAACCCAUAAAGAAACCCCCCCCACAUACCGACUAUAUAUAAAUACAUAUAUAUAUAUAGCAAAGAAUAGGCAUCAUGAUAAAUAAAAUAUGCUUACAAUACAAUUAAAUGUAAAUUAAUGGUUUUUGUUCAUCAUUUUUUUUUUAAUGUCUUAAUAUAAAUGUCAUACGAGAGAUGCAAUUUUUAGCUAUAUGUGUACUUGACUAUAUGAUUGUUUAUUUAUUUAUUUAUUUAUUUCUUUAUAUAAUUCUAAUUGUAAUUGUAACUCUAAUUGUAAUUGUAAUUGUAAUCAAUUAACUGCAUUUUUUUUGGGCGAGAGAACAAAUCUCUUUUGUACACACAUGCAUAGUUAGCACACACACACACACACACGUUCACACUUGGAUACACACCACACACACACAUACUCACAUAACUUAUUCUUAAGUAGGUUUGAUAUUCGGAAACGGAAAUGGAAGCGAAAGCGAAUGCGACAAAAUGAUAGGCAAUGUUAGGAUCUCAUCAAGAUGAUUAAUUAUACGUAGAUGUGAAUUGAUUGAUAACAUGAAAUACUUUUAAAAUGUAUGAGAGAAAUGAAAGUUUAUGCAAUUUGCAAUAUUAUUUUUAAUACUCACUAGAAACGACAACAAAAUGAACCACAAAAGCAAAUUCACUUUAUUGUUUCGAAACCAUGCGAAAAAUAAUGCAAAUUAUGCAACAACCAUGUAAUAACUAAAAUAUAUUUAUUAUAAAUGUGGCAAAAAGAGAAAAUCAAAACACAAAAAAAAAAACACACACGAACAAAAAACAACCCCUAAAAAGCAAAUGUAAUUAAAAUAAACAAUAAACAACUAAUUCAAUUAC